AUGCCGUCCACAAGCAACGACGAAACAGUCCAGUUCCUUAUAGCAUGUAUCAAGUUCUCCAACAGCGGCAAGGUCGAUUUCGCCGAAGUCGCCAAGGAAUGCAACAUUGUCACCAAAGCCGCGGCUGCAAAGCGUUACGAGCGCCUCAUGAAAGCACACAAUGCCUCGCCUAUUGCGAAGGGCAGCGCAUCCGACACUGGUACGGAUGCCAGUCCGAAAAAGACUAAAUCUAGUCCUGCGAAAAAGGGUAAAGCGGGUGGGGGCGCCGGACCGUCCAAGCGCAAGACUGCCACUGGUGAUGGCGAACCUCGUGCAAAGAGAGGACGGGUGUCUAAGGAUAGCGUUCUCGUGAGUGCGGAAAUGCUAGUUGAGCAGAGGCUGAGUCCGAUGAAGGAGGAUUCCGAAAGUGACGAGGAUGCUCUCAUGGUUCCCAAACUUGAGGAGAUGGAGGACUAG